UUCACUGUUCGCUAACGUUAGUGCAGGUUCUUGUUACGGUCUGUAGUCUGUAUGUCUCCAUGUGUAUGUUUUACGAAUGUGCGUGUGCCAAUUUUUAAUGAAAACCUACAAAUGUUUAACUAGUUUUUUAAAUCCUGUUUCGUCCCCGUGUUAAUCCUAAAAUACAACGUCGCGUCGCGGCGUGUUGUGUUUUUUUUCGUUUUUGUUUUGGUCGUUUUUUUCGUGCGCUGUGAAGGAGGUACAUGUGAGUGCGUUUUAUUUCGUGAAUUUGUUUUUAUUCUUUGAUCAGUACAACGUUGAUUUUAUAGUGUUACAUCGUUUCGAAGAAAAAUGCUGGGUUUACGAAAGCAUGAUCCUAUGAGCCAGUGGUGUCGAUAUCCUCGCGCAAAGUGUACGUGUUCGCAAGGCGUCGGUUAUGCUCGGUUACAUGAAACUGUGGAGGAGACUUUUCGGGAAAUACAAUACGAUGAAUUAGCAUCAACCAGUAGGGAGCAAUCAGAGGAAUUGGCCUUUUUCAACGACAACGAAAGUUUUCAGUUAGUAGUGGUAGAAAGAAAUUUGUGUGCUAGUGAUUUGUGUCAACUUUUAGCUUUGAAAAAUAGGACAGAAAAAAGUGUUCAUUGGAGUAUUAUCGAACAGUGGAAUGAUCUAGGACUUGAAAGAAUGUUAGAAGACCACGAAUACGUAUUAGCGGCUUACAAAGAUAUGAAAAUGUUUUCGUGCCAUGCUCGAUUUAAAUUUAGAUUUAGAAAAGAGUUUAGAAAAUAUGAGUUCUUCCAUCAUCCUCAUCAAUUUUUUCCAUACGGGAUGUUGAACAUAGAAAACGAGUUGUCAAGGGAUGAAAACAAAAAUCCCACCAAUCCCUCCCACUUACAGGUAGAGUACUUGGUAAUCCAAGAAGGUAUGUGCCCUGUGAUAUUUUCCCACAUCUGGAUCCGGGACGAGAAAAAGAAAAUCUGGAUAAAGACGUAUAUGUUACUUAGGGACCAAAGACUCUUCAUUUCUCAAAAAAUCCACUCGCUUGCCAAAUUUAUGAGGAUGCCCAAGGAACAAGCACUAGAACUGGUAAGUUCUUUGAAUAUUUUUACUUGCUGCUUUAAUUGA